ACGCACGAUAGCAGCAUGACAGUGCAACAUCUACACUAGAGCACGACUUUACGAUUAUAUGUGCCACGCUGAGAGCGCUCGUGAGCCCCAGAGCAAGAGAAGUAAGUUUGUCACCAAGCAGAAAGAGAGAAGUAACAGCAGGAGAAGAGCACAGUAAAAGAUAUCAAGAGGAACCAGAAAGAGACUGUGGGAGUGACAGGAGAGAUGCGCGUGGGGAUGAAGUGGGUUUGUCGGAGGAGGUGAGCCGUGCCGCUCGUACACACACGCGCACACACACACUUCCAAAAGCUCAGGACUCCCAAGGAAGGAGGAGAGGAUGAAGAAACACUCGGCCCGAGUGGCCCCUCUCAGCUCCUAUAGCGCCCAGGUGCUCACCUGCCCCAUCUCUGAAGGAGAGGAGGGCUCAGAAUCACAUGCAGAGACUCCAGUCAGUGAAACGAGCGGAAAUGGCACCGUAUACCAGACCUGCGCCAACACAGUGCUCAAGGUGCUGGGGGGUUUGCUGGUGGUGCUGUGUGUCUCCUCGUCUUGGGUGGGCACCACACAGGUGGUCCAGCUCACGUUCAAAUCCUUUUCCUGUCCCUUCUUCAUCACGUGGUUCAGCACCAACUGGAACAUUCUCUUCUUCCCCCUCUACUAUUCUGGGCACGUGGCCACCACCAGAGAAAAACGGACGCCCAUUCAGAAAUUCAGGGAAUGUAGUCGGUUGUUUGGGGAGGACGGGAUGUCUCUGAAGGUGUUUCUGAAGAGAACGGCGCCUUUCUCCAUCUUGUGGACGCUCACUAACUACCUGUACCUGUUAGCACUGAGAAAACUAACUGCUACGGACGUCUCAGCGCUCUACUGCUGCCACAAGGCCUUUGUCUUCCUCUUGUCGUGGAUUGUCCUCAAGGAUCGCUUCAUGGGUGUGCGGAUUGUGGCCGCCAUUAUGGCUAUAACAGGCAUUGUGAUGAUGGCUUAUGCUGACGGCUUUCACGGGGAUUCCUUUAUGGGUGUGGCUUUAGCAGUCGGCUCCGCCUCCACUUCUGCUCUCUACAAGGUGCUGUUUAAGAUGUUCCUCGGCAGUGCUAAUCUGGGCGAGGCCGCUCAUUUCUUCUCCACCAUGGGCUUUUUCAAUCUCAUCUUCAUCUCCUGCGUUCCACUCAUCCUGUACUUCACCAAAGUGGAGCAUUGGGGUUCCCUCUCCUCUUUGCCCUGGGGUUACCUCUGCGGGCUGGCAGGCCUUUGGCUAGUAUUUAACAUCCUGGUCAAUGUAGGAGUGGUACUCACGUAUCCUAUUCUGAUAUCCAUUGGGACGUUACUCAGUGUUCCAGGCAAUGCAGCUAUCGACGUGCUGAAGCAUGAGGUCAUCUUCAGCGUGGUGCGUCUGGCUGCCACCUGCAUCAUCUGCCUGGGCUUCCUGCUGCUGCUGCUCCCUGAGGAGUGGGAUACGGUCACCCUGCGCUUCCUCACCACCCUCGCCGACAAGAAGACGGAGGAGCACGGCGAGGAGCUCACGGAGUCCAGCGUCCACACGCGCAGCCGGAGUAGAGCCAACGGAGCCGUAUCAAUCCCUAUGGCAUGACCUUUGACCUGUGAAUGAACAGCCAGCGAUCGACACCGAUCCUCCCUGUGGCAGCCUAUGUAUGUGCCAGUUUGAUUGUACUUGUAUUUUAGAAACACAAAAGAGAAUAAGCAAAACGAAGUAGGAGGAUGUUUUUUUUUCUUCAAUAAUCACAAGAUCAACCGAUCAGAACGCUAAUGCCACGCUGUCCAGCUCUUUAAAGGGUCGUUCCACCCCAAAAGGACAGUUUUGUCAUUAAUCCAAUAUCCUUGUAACUUCAUAAUAUUACUGUUUUACUGACGACAGAGAAUUCAAAUUACGUCUUUCAUACUUUUCUGCACCUUGACAGCCGUAAUUGUUCGACAGUCAAUGGGACAGUCGCAUCAAAAAUAUCUUAAAUUGCGUUUCCAAGACGAUCUAAGCUUUUACGGGUUUGGAACGACAUGGGGGUAAUUGAUUCAUAACAAAAAAAAAUCUUACAUUUUGGGGUGGAGCAAGCCUUUAAUAGAGCUGAGAGCGGAGGCUAGAGUGUUCACUUACUGACAGUAUUUGUUUUAUUUUACAGAAGGGAUCUAGCAAUCUCUUCCCUGCAAUCUCUAUGGGAAGAUACGCAUCCAUUCCAUAGAAAUGGACUUUCAGACUUUGGUCUCCCGCUGCACGACAAACC